AUUUUACAGUCCGACUAGCUGAUGGAAUUGCAGAUUUUCAAGGUCGUCUUGAGAUCUAUUAUGAAGGAGAAUGGGGAACGGUGUGUAAUGAUGGAUGGGACUAUAAUAACGCACGUGUGGUUUGUAAUCAGCUAGGCUAUGGAUAUCCAUUGCAGUCCCUCAUCAGUUCUGGAUACCAAGGAGAUACAUAUCAACGGAUCUUUUUAGAUAAUGUUGACUGCAGUGGUUCAGAGUCCAGCCUUCCGUGGUGUUCACAUUCAACCAUAGGCGUACAUAACUGUGGUCAUAGUCAAGAUGUGGCGCUUGAGUGUUCUUCAG